AUGGCCAGUCGGCGUCUGCUUCGCGACUUUCUGAGAAGGAGGUCCUUCGAUCUCGAGGUUCAAGGUGCCGAACAGGAAGGGCAGUGCGUGAAGUCCUCCGCUGCCGGUGCAGCAGCAGAAGAAGCUGAGGGACUUUUCUGACCGGCGCAGUCCAGUUGGCCGCGCUGUUUGCUCACUGGCGGUUGUGUACAGGGCGGUGGCUCGCGCCCACUUGCAGUCGAUGACGGUGCUUUUCUCGUUUGUCUAGCUCUUCCUGCACCUCCCUCCGCUUGUCUUUCCGUCGUCGCGUGUCGCCCUGAGGGCAACUUCCAGAAACUCCUUCUGCCGUCGUCGUCGCCAUGUCGGUGCCGCCGUCGCGUGCACAUUCCGAGGUGAGCAACUCCGGAUUUACUUUGGAGCAAGCCUCGCAAAAAUUUCUGUUCAUGGUUUAGAUCUACAUCAGAUUUCCUGUUCAUAUAAUUUAUUUCCGAUAAAAUAUGGCUAUGUUUGAGUUCAUCUUCUUGUAUUCGCAUUUUUUUGAAGUUUAUCUCUUCAUUUUUAUUUUCUGCUUGAAUAUACUUUCGAGAAACUGAAAAAAUAACGUCGGAAAAUCUAUUAUAUAAUAAAUACGUAUAACGAAUAUAUAUCAAAAUUUUUUCAUUUAAAUAUCCGAAUAUUUCUUCUAAGUUUUUUGUUCAGAUUAUGUUUGAUGAAUGAAUCUCAUCUUUUAAGAACGAUUUCCGAACUCGUAGUUUCCUUCACGUUUCUUUUCAUGUUAUGAACUUUUUUUUCCCUUCUCGAACGGGAAAUUGCUUCUUUUUUUUCGCUGUCUUAGAACCUUUCAGAACUCUUGGGACGAGUAUUAUAAAGUUUUCCAUAAACAUAAUCCUGAAGUUAUUCGAUAUCGAUAGUAGUUGAGAAUAUUUAUGACUUCUUCGAUUUUUGACAAAUUCAGGUGUUUUCGGCGAGUCAGUAUGGCGGUGUGGCUGUGACGACGCGUCCCAGACCUCAGAUCAACUAUUUUAUUCUGCCGGCGGCCAUCCUCCACGUCGUUGGAUUGGCCUGUCUUUGGGCUCUUUGGUACUAUCUGAGGUCGGCUUCUGCUUUUUUUCGUUAGAGAGUUGGGUUGAUUGAGUGGGAGACUUCCGUUGAUUCCUCACUCUCGAGCAUUUUCUGAAUCAUAGAGCAAACAUUUUGGACUUCUUUUUUUGCUCUGAUGGGAAUAUUUACUUGAAAAGUCUUUUUAUUUUUCUCAUGCUCAUGUGUAACUAUUUUGUGAUCCAUCAGUCGCAAUUUAACAUUUCUCUUGACAUUGCGCUACCAUCAAAUAAAAUACACUUCCUCGUAUUCUUUACUUAUGUUUUUUUUUUAUAUUUGAUUUGCUUAAUAGCGUUCACAUGAAGUUCUUUCUAUCUUUUUUGGAUUCUCAGAACUUUGAAUCCGAAAAAAAGAUUAUUUUUCUUGUUAGUUGAAUAUUCUUUCCUCGCUGGCCUUUUUUUUGAAAUUGAGAGUCUUCUUCAUCACCGGAAAAUUUUCAGAUUUAUUUUUUUGCGUUGUAUUUCGUAACGAAGUUGAAAGGCAACCAUGUCAGCUGCUAUUUUAGACUGAAAAUAGUAUUUUUGUUCGAGUCCAUUCUAAUCCAGUCAUGUUUCUGGAAGAACUAAAAGCUUGCGACAAAAAGCUCUCGCGUUUUUUCGGCCCACGCCUGUUCCAUUGAGUUGACUUUUGACCACUCCAAGCCUUAUUGUCUUUGCUUCCAAACCGAUUUUUUCGUGCACCUUGUUCAACAGCCCUUUUUGUCCUCGCGUGAGUUUUUUUCCCGCGUUGUUUAGCGUCGAUUGAGUUGCCGCCAGCGGAUAUUUGAGCUAAGGACUGUUUGCGCGGUCCAAUAGUGACAUUUACUAUUUGUCGGGGUUAAUCGGAAACGUCCGGCUUCUCACUUGUCACAUACCGUUAUCCGCCACCGCUCAAUCGAAUAUUAUUUUUGAGCGUAUGGGCAAACAAAGGCUUUUUUAAGCUUUUGAACAUCCUACUGUACUCUUUCAGGACGAUUCGUGACACCAAAGUCACAUUUUCGUAGUUUAUGUACCUUGUUGACUUUUUCUCGGCAUAGUUGUCAUGAAUUGAAAUUAUGGCUUUAUCACGACCUAAGAUAGUGAACAGAGUAGUUUUCAUAAAAUUUGAAAGUUUAGGGCUUGCCCAUAAUCUCUCUUUAUGUAAUGUGUUAUUUGUUUAAAAGUCCUUGCUGCGUUGUUCUAAUGAGCACAGAUUUCAUCAAAGUUUCGAUGAGAAGUCCGUUUUCAGUGUAUUUUAGAAUGUAGAAAAAGGAUUUCACAUGAAAAACUUUUGAGCAGACUUUUGCUGACAAGGGAAGUGUUUUUGGUGGCCGGUUGAACUUUUGUUGAAACUUUGCUGAAAGGUACUAUAAGACCUCCUCUUUCCAGAACACGAAUAAAAUUUCUCGCAAUAGAUCUCGUUUUCGAGUUAUGAAGCUUCAAAGUUUGCACGCUGAACAAGUGCUGCAAGGCAAGAGGAAAUGUGGCUCGCGUACGAUCCCUCUACUCCAGUUGGCAGCGUGGUGUAGUGGCUAGCGUCCUUGAACUGCGGUGUCUAUGAUCAGGGUUCGAAAUUUUUUGAAGAAUUUAGUUUUUGCCAAAGCUUUCCUGGGAGGAACUUAUAGACAUCGUUAAAAUCAAUCAAACAAUUUUUUUCCGAAAUACCAUAGUUUCUCAUUUUACUCGACUUUAACGAAAAUUUUGACAAACAUUUUCCUUCGGCGGCUCAUAGGCAUGACCAAUGGAUCGCUUUCUGUUUUUUUUUUCAAUAAUCUGGAGGAGACUUAUUCAUCUUCCUGUGGCGUAAGUUUUUAUAUUUGAUUCCUUUCAAAUUAUCAACUGGACUGAAACGCUGAAUAAAAGGCAAUUAGAACUUUUUCCCCCAAAAAAGGGACUAUUAAUAUAUUUUAUAAGCGGAAGAAAAAAUUUUAAUCGGUAUACCGAAUCAAAAUAAGAAACUAUGUUAUUUUGGAAAGAAAUUUUUGGUCCGUUUCUCCAAUGUCGAUAAGUUCCUCCCAGGAAAGCUUUGGCAAAAACUAAAUUCUUCAAAAAGUUUCGAACCCUGGUCAUAGAUACCGCAGUUCAAGGACGCUAGCCACUACACCACGCUGCCAACUGGAGUAGAAGGAUCGUACGCGAGCCACAUUCCCUCUUGCCGUGCAGCACUUAUUCAGCGUGCAAACUUUGAAGCUUCAUAACUAGAAAACGGGAUCUAUUGCGAGAAAUUUUAUUUGUAUUCUAAAAAGAGGAGGUCUUAUAGUACCUUUCAGCAAAGUUUCAACAAAAGUUCAACCGGCCACCAAAAACACUUCCCUUGUGAGAAAAUUAUGUGUUUUUGCUGUAAGAAUUUUUUUUUUGAUUUAAUUCUUUUCUGGUAGAAACUAUCGCAAGCCUAACAUUCAAUUUGAUUUGAAUAGUUUUUGAUGUCACUGGUAAUUUGGCCAAGGUUUUCAAUUUUUAAAAAAUCGGCCUCAGAGAUAGUGACAAUAGCAAAGAUCACUGGACAUCACGUAAGCUUGCGAAGUUCAAAUCAUGGGCCGCAAGCUCUGCAACGCCAUGUCACCCCCUUCUCUAACUGCGUCCGACGCACACCGGUUCUCGCGGCCACGUAUUCGCCAAUGUGUGUGUUCGCAUUGUUCUCAUGUUUGCCAUGGCAGAUUACGCAUUAUCAACUUUUCUCUCGCAAAAAACGUUCAGAACAUUUUUUUUUUCGCAGCAUAUAAGGACUAAGAAAACUGGAUUUAACGCGAGCAAAUAAGAAAAUUCUUGGUUUGAUGCAAGCUUCAAGACUUUUUUUAAACAAUUCACACAAGUCUGAAAAAUUUGAACUUGUUUUAGAGAGAAAAAACCGGUCAAAGUCGGACUAUUAUUUAUUUACAGGUAGUAUUUCAGAAGAGCAAGAAAGUCAGGAAUUUUUGGAAAUAACAUAGUUUUUGCAUGUUGGAAGGUGACCUUAAUCAGAAUUAAAGAUCCAUCGCACAAUUUUUUUUUUCUAUCAUUUCACCCGUUCUCCUUUUAAUUUCUCAGAAAUAUGUUGUCCCUCGAACGAACGAAAAAAAGUGGCUGACGUCUUCGGUUUCAGGUUCACGACAGUGUUCCCGUAUCACCAACGGGUGUUCUACUGCCGCGAUGUCGACCUGUACAAGCCGAACUUUGAGCCGGAAGACUUCAACGUCUACGUCUCUUACCCACUACUCUACACGCUGGGCUUCGUCCUUCCAGCGUUGGUGGUCAGUUUAGACGACUGUUUGGGUUGCGGCUCAGCGCGAAUUCGUCACGGCUCUCAGCCGCUCCCACUGCUUCAUUUUCGAGAGGCUCAAAAUGCUUUGCGAACGACUGCGACAUGAGUCUUUCCUCGCGGAUUAUCCUGAUUUUCCGUUGGUACAUACAAGGCCAAGUCUUGGACCGUCGAGUCUUUUCGUCCAACGGAACUUGAAAAGAAGAGGAAAAUGCAAUUAAAUAAUUGUUUUUGAAUACUUUUCAGAAAAUGCAAUUAAAUAAUUGUUUUUGAAUACAUGGUGAAGCAGUUUAUUCGCUGGUACUACCAACGGGCCCACAUUAUUUCUCAACUGUCACGCCGGGACUUAUUGGACAACGAUUGUGGACCGAAACCCGCGCCGACGACUAACUCUUCGAUUAUACCAUGAUUCAGCAGAGAUUUUUCUUCAUCUUACUCUGAAGACUGAAUAAAUUGACUUUUUCAGUACAAUAUAUCUUGCUGAAUGAUCGCAAUUUUUUUGUAAAUGAAAAGAUCAAAAAUUAAAAAAAAAACAAUGAAAAAGCUCCUGGAAGAUAAUUUACAGGAGUUUAUACCGAAACGGCCUGCUUGUGUUUGCGUCGAAAGAAGUUUUGAAUAGAAGUGGGAAAGUCUAGUUGAUGUGAAAUAAAAAGAAGAAGGGAAAAAGGUUUAUCGCCGAGAAUUUCAGAUGGCUAUCGGCGAGGUGAUGUUCUGGCUGUUCAGCACCAAACCCCGGAAAACGGUCUACGCCAACUGCGGCGAGUGCAAAGUUCAUCUCUUCACUCGACGUCUUCUUAGAUUCAUCGGUUAGUCGGAAAAUCUCCGGAGUGGUGAACAUCGAAAACAGAUAACUGGAUAAAAAUGAAUUUCUCUUCACUCAUUCGGGUUCAAGAAUUCAUUCCACCUUUCAAGGAAUGUCUUUAAUAAUUCGAAUCGUUCCAAGUCAAAAUUGCCUGGAAAACCUAGUGAAUAUAUUUGGUUUUAUGUGUAAAAAUUGGUUAAUUGAAGGCUAAAGGAUUUCAGUGGUUUUCCUGUGCGGCGCAUUGAUCACCCAGAUUUUCGUGGACACGAUCAAACUGAUGACCGGCUACCAAAGACCCUACUUUCUGUCCCUCUGCAACGUCUCCAUCACGUUUGUCGAGUUCUGGAUGCUAAGUCGACUGUUUUCUCUUGAGGGCCUGCACAGCGCCUCUGGAACACUCGCCGUCGCCGUCUCCGAAUCUCGCCUGCAACUUCCGCGGAGCCAACGAACUCCGCUACGCCUGGCUCACGUUCCCUUCGCUCCAUUCGGCAUUCUCCUUCUACUCGGCGACGUUCGCAGCGGUUAGUUCAGUUCUGCACUAAGAUAAUUCUUUUUUUUUGAAUCUCCGAUUAUUUCAGUUCUUCCAUUCUAUACUAAACUUUUCUCGGCUUUCGUUUUCAGAACAAAUAAAAUAUAACCAUUGCAGUGCUACAUUUACUACAUGGUCAAUCUUCGCGGUGCUCCUCUCCUCCGUCCUUUCCUCAUUUUCGGGUUCUACGGCCUCGCUAUCGUUUCAGCCUUCUCCAGAAUAAAUGGGCGAGUUUGUUUGUUGUUAUAAAAGCAAUGGUAUAGAACCAUUCAGAAUCCUAAAAGUCAUUUAAGAGUAUUUUUAUUCAAUUAUUUUUUGGAUGCUAUCUUUUUUUAUAGGUACAAAAAUCACUGGCGCGACAUCUGGGUGGGUGCCCUGAUUGGUUUCCUCAUCGCCUUCUUCCUGGUGAGAUUGACCUCAAGAUGAGUUCUUACGAAAGAGUACUGUAGUGCUACUGUGUCCUGUGCUUCCAAGAGGUCUACCAUCUGGUUGUUGAAAAGGCUCCGGUGGUCGAAGAACGCGUCUCGCCGUUCUUCAGUUGGUUCCGUCUUCCGCGCGUUCAGGCGCCUUCUGUCAAGGAGGAAUACGUGUAAGUUCGAAGAUAGUUUUAUUCAAGUGGUAUCAGAAAUGCUUACUGAAUGAGAUCUUUGAAGGAACGGAGAGUCUUUUUCAAAAAGUUCAAAGUUCUAAAAAAACUUGUUUAAAAGAGAGGAUUCUGUAGUUGGACUUCUUGUCACAAAACUUUGCAAAUAAUUGAAAAAAAAUGGUUGUGCGUAGGCUUUUUCGCGUAAAAAAUUUUUACGUUUUUUAUGCAUACGGAAAGUUACGUGUUCGAUAAAUAUUUCCCAAAAUUCUACCUUUUUUUGUAUUGUCCAUUAUAGUUAUCAAAUCGCUGGCUUAAGACGAUUUUUGAGUCUUCACAUGAUUAGAAAAAAAAAAAUAAGAAAAGAAGAGAUCCUGGCAUCUUUAGCGUUUCUUUCGCAAGCUAACUGAAAAUUCGCGGCAAUUAGAAAAAAAAAGUACUCAUCCGAGAAAAUGAGAGAUUGCAGGGUCUACGAAGAAGACGUGCAGCAGCCCGAAGGAACGAUGCCACGGCACCGAAGGAACCGCGACCGCCAGUACGAGGUCACCACCACUACCGAGUCCUUCCACAGGACCAUCAGUCCUCCUCAGCAGAACAACGGAUAUCAGUACUAA